UGAUGUGCGAGGAAGCGCCGCGUGCAGUAACCGUGGCGACGGCCAUUCUGCUCGACCGCACGAGGGCGUGGCGUCGCCUUUGCGUUGCGCUUUUUGGGCCUGCAGUGGAUCAAUUUAUUCAUUUAUUAAUUGCUCAGCUUCACCCAAAAAAAAAAAAAAAAAGUGACUUUCUGUCCCAUCCAAAUGAAUAUUUUCCUCUUAUGACAUCAGUUUUUGUCCUGCAAAGGAAAAGAUAUUGAUUGAGCGUUUGCUUCGAUUGGCUGCUGCCCCACUAAAGCAAUUAAAUUAAGUGGCGGGGGGGGGGGGGGCUGAAGAGGGCGGGGCUAGCGAGCGGCCCGCCUCCCCGGCCGGCCGGCCGGCGCAGUGCAUCGGCAGCACACAAAGAAGACACGGCGACGGACGCGUUAUGAUUUCUUAUUUUGAAACGUUUUCAAAAGAGAUGACCUUUGACCUGCUGAGGUUGUGGGUCCUGGGCGCGGUCACGGCGGUCUGCGGCGGAAGAGUGCUCAGCGGUGAGUUCCCCACGAAAAUCUUUGUGAUCCGUGCGUCCUCGUUUUUGUGUGCGCGUGUGUGUGUGUGUGUGUGUGAGCGAGGCAUCCAUACAUAACAUAAUUCAUACAUCCGCUGCGUGUUCUAAACAUCGCUGGAUGGAUGGAACGCACGCGCACACACGCGCACGAGAAGGUUUCGAGCGCGUUGAGCAGCAAAGUGACGACGCUGCAGAAAUCGCGUGCGGCGGCGGAUACGCACGAUGAUGAUGAUGUCGAUGACGUCACCGGCGAACGCGUCCCCGCAGGUCAGACGGUGUGUUUGGCCGGGGCCGGGCGAGCCUGCUACAAAAUGGCGCACUUCCACCACGUGUCCAGCCGCGUCGACUUCAGGGAGGCGGAGCUCGCGUGUCACACGGAUGGCGGCGAGCUCGUUAGCAUCGGCACGCUACAAGAACAACGACACAUCGAGAGGCUACUGGAGGAGUUGCGCUCAGGCUCGGGAAUAUCAGACGGAGAUUUCUGGAUCGGUUUGACCCGCGUGGACGAGGAGGACGAGAACCCCCCCGACGGCGUCGCUUCCUGUCCGCGGCGGUACAAGUGGAGCGACGGCAGCGCGGCGUCCUUCAGGUCUCACUUUGCGCGCGCGGGCGCUGGCGGUGACGAUGACGACGCGGAAGUGGCGUUUGUCCGCAGGAACUGGUACUCGGACGAGCCGUCGUGCGGCGCCGAGUCGUGCGUGGCGAUGUACCACCAGCCGGGUGCGCUUCCGGGGGUGGGCGGGGCUUACCUCUACCGAUGGAACGACGACCGAUGCUCCAUGAAACAUAAUUUCAUCUGCGAAUAUCAGCCAGAGCGCCACCCGGAGAAGGAGCUCGGCGCCACGGCCGGUGGGCGGGGCUCAGUGAGCUCACCGGAUGAAGGUCGCCAGGUCACCUCGGGCGGGUCUUCAGGCACGCUGCUGCUGCUGUACGCGAGCGUUUGCGCCAUCUCCGUCCUGCCGCUCAUCCUGCUGGUCGCCUUCCACGCGCUCGGCCGAAGAAUUCAUCUAUUGCGGGGAUGGUCUGACAAGCAAGAAGACUCCAGAGAGUACGCCACAAGUAAAAAGGCCUCCUGACCUCCCUCCGCCGCCGCCGCCGUCGUCGUCGUCGUCGUCUCCUCCUCCUCCUCCUCCUCC